AUGAAGCAGGCUGAAGAUGCUGUGGUCGAUGUCCUCGUCGAUGACAGUAGCCAGCGUUCGGCGCCCUCAAAGGAGGAAGAGAGACGGCUAGUGCGCAAGCUCGAUCUGCGGGUGAUGCCCAUCUUGUGUAUCAUGUACCUCUUCGCCUCUCUCGACAGGACGAACCUAGGGAACGCGCGUCUACAAGGUCUCCCGGCAGACGUCCUGGGAGGAGACCCAACGGGUGUGCUAUUUGACUGGGCGAAUUCCGCGUUCUACUUUCCAUUUAUAAUCUGCCAAAUCCCAGGCCUCGUCAUCUCAAAGCUAUAUUCUCCCCGCAUUUGGAUCGGAUGUGUGGCGAUCGGAUGGGGCAUAUCGUCCACGCUUAUGGCCUCGGUCUUUAACUUUCCAGGCCUCCUGGUGUCUCGCCUUGCCUUGGGAUUGUUCGAAUCCGGGUACAGUCCCAUGCUGCCUCUCUACCUAUCUUUUUUCUAUACCAGGGAGGAGUUCGGCGUCCGCACCUCGUGGUGGUACAUGUUCUCGGCCGUCGCAGGCGCGUUUGGCGGCUUGAUCGCCUUCGGUGUCCAGCACAUCCACGCCGCGAUUGCGCAGUGGCGACUGUUGUUCAUCAUCGAGGGCAUCCCGACGAUAUUGUUGGGUGUAUUGGCCUUAUUCGUUUUGCAUGAUCGACCUGAGGAAACUCCUUUGUUGACCGAACGGGAGCGCGAGAUUGCUCUCGAGCGCGGUAACAGAGGGGGAAGGGCUGAUGUCGGGAGGGUGAUUCAAAGGAAACACAUACCGAUGGCGCUUAAAGACUGGAAGCUUUACGCCGCUGGAGCGAUGCUCUUUUCGGGCAACACCGGGCUCACAAGCCUCCAAGCGUUCUUACCCACUAUCAUCGCAAGCUUUGACUUUGGCUCCGACGCUGUGGACCAGAUACUUACGGUCCCGCCCUAUGCGGUAGCUGUUCUAGUUCUCUGUGCCUUUGGUUACUGUUCAGAUCGGCUGCAACGUCGCGGCCCCUUCAUUUCUUGUGCGAGUAUUAUUGGAGGAAUAGGAUACAUACUACUGCUGACGGUGCAUUCGAAUAAUCACGUGCGGUACUUCGCGACAUUCUGCACCGCAACUGGCAUCUUUUCGACCAUCGCGUUCAUCAUCGGAUGGUUCAAUCAUAAUCUUGGUUCGGAGACCAAGAGAGCAACGGGUUUGCCAUUGUACAUGGCCAUCGGUCACUGCGGAAGUAUAAUGGGCUCGCACUUGUUCCCAUCUAGUGAGGGACCGCUUUACUUGAAAGGGAACGCGGUGUGUUGCGGCCUGAUGUUUUUCUGUUCCAUUGUCGCCAUUUCAAUUUCCGUGAGUACGUACUAUAUUCGGGAGAACCGACGUCGGGAUGAGAAAUACGGCAAACCGAUCCCCGGCGCUCCAGUAGAUGUCUCGGAGCUUGCAGACGAGGCACCCAACUUCCGCUACACCCCGUAA